AUGAGUGUCAUCAUUAGACUCCAGAACCUUCCAUGGUCAGCCAAUGCCCUCGACAUUAGGAAUUUCUUUCGGGGGCUCUCCAUUCCAGAAGGGGGUGUACACAUCGUAGGAGGCGAGCUUGGCGAUGCGUUCAUUGCUUUCAGUACCGAUGAAGAUGCGCGUCAAGCUAUGAUGCUGGACGGUGGCAAAAUCAAAGAGAUUCAAGUCAAGUUACUUUUGAGCUCGCGCUCUGAAAUGCACAAAGUGAUUGAAACCGCUCGGCAAAGAACAGUUCCUUUAUCCAGCUUUGGAAUUCCAGGAAUAGGGAACCCACAUGAAAUUCCCCAACCGGCAGUAAUAGAACCACCGGCGCCCAUGAUCAGCCCGACGGGUAACACUCAAAAUGGUGACGAAGAUAAAGACGAUGACAGAAGCGAAAGGAAACUGAGUAAAGAGAAAGACCGGCGACGCACAAGAUCUCGAUCGAGGUCGCGCGAUCGAGACCGAAAGGACCGCAAAAGAGACCGGCGAGAUCGGUCACGAUCGAAGGAUAGACGCCGGCGGGAUCGAAGCCGCAGUAGAGAGAGGCGCGAUCGAAAACGUGACAGAAAGGACCGCAGUCGCUCUCGCGAAAGAUCACCAGCGCGACGCUCCCGCGAUAGGCGGAACGAACGUAGAUCGCCACGAGAAUCGCAAGAGAAGUCAGUUGAUCCGCCAGUAGGCCUACCUUACGGAAACUUGAUGAAUACAAACCAAGGACCACAAAUGCCAAUGAUGCAACCUAACCCGAUGAUUCCAAACGGCCCCAGCGACAAAGUGAACUCCUCUCCGAAUCGGUUUAGCGAUCCGACAAUGGCGGAAGCAUUUAAUAAGUUACAGGAAUUGGGGAAGAAGAGGAACCCGAACGCUUUUCAAGGUGAUCAGUCGAAUGGAGCACCGAGAUUUCCAGCAAGGGGCGGAGCAAAUGUCGCUCGCGGUGGUUAUAGACGCGAAGGACGCGUAUCCAGAUUUGACGACCAACGCGACCAGCAAGACUGCUGUGUUGCCAUCAGGAACGCCCCUAACCACACCAGCUAUGGAGAUGUACGGAGAUUUUUCCCCUUCAUGAUCGAUAAACACGGCAUUAAAAUGAUAAACGACAAUAUGGGCCGUCGCACUGGAAAUAUAUACGUCAAAUUUUGCGACCCUCGCUCCAAGCAACUCGCGUUACAGCGAAAGAGUAACGAGUUGAAGGGGUCUGUAGUUGCCGUCGAAGAUCUGGAUGAUGAGACAUACGAAAACGCCGUCGACUCUUUCCUUCCUUACCGCGAGGAGAAUGACGAUGAAGACGUGUCCCUCGUCAUUGCAGAUCAUGAAGAGCCUGCCCGACCGCCCUUCAGUGUGCUCAAACUCGCCGACCUACCCAACUUCGUCAAAGAGCACGACAUAAUAAAGGCAUUUGGUGACUUUUCUCUUAUGUCGAUAAUACUCAACGAUUGUCGUUUAUCGCGUACAAAAAUUGCAUUAGUUCAGUUCGCUAAACCAGAGGACGCGAGAUUGGCUUUCGAACGGAAGGAUUUAUACGUUUUUGGUCGACGCCAACCCACCGUAACAGUGGUGUCUGAUGAGGAAUAUGAGAACGAAAAGACGUCGCAGGGCGAUAAACCUUCGGAAUCGCCAAGAACUGAAGUGUCCGAGGAACCGAUUGUGCCCCGCGAUCCUCGUCAACGUCGGCAACAAGCGGAAAACGGGCCUCGAGCACAAACCGGACUGCCAAUGCAGGCUCCCACACCGACCGCACCAUUUUUCCCCAACGCACCCUUCGUUCCGCAGCAAAACUUUGGUGCACCGUUCCCCCCUACCCCCCAGUUCGGCGGCUUUCCCGGAACGGGGGGUAUGGAUCCGCGCACCGCCGCCACCAACUGGGCUAACCGAUUCCCAAAUCCAGCAGAUCAGAUGCCAUCAUUGACUUCCAGUCCGCACGUUAUUUCCACCGAAAUGGAGGACCACCCGUUGGACUGCGUAUUGAUGAAGGGGUUGCCCCGCGAAGCAACAGACCGCACGAUAGUUACAUUCCUGUCGGAUACCGGCGCCGUUCCCGCGAGAAUACACUUAAUGUUGGACACCAACGGUUUACCAUCCGGUGACUGUUUCUGUGAGUUUCGUUCAGUCCAAGAGGCGAGACAGGCGGCCUCAAAGCACGGUCACAAUUUGGACGGAUGCCGGGUGACAGUCGACUUAGUGUCGCAGAAAGUGGUCAAAGAGGCGUUGGUUGAGCCGAAACAACCCGAGGGAAUGAUGGGCAAAGGUCCGUCGCAGUACUUCGAGCAUCCACGUGGAAAUUACUCUUCGCGUCCGUUUAGAGGACGCGGUAGUUUCGACAGAGGUGGAUACGAGCGGGCCGGUCAUCGUGGGAGCUUCCGUGGCCGCGGAAACUGGAACGAACGUGGAGGCCGGGGCUCCGACAGAUCGCGGGGCUUCGAACGGGGUCGCUCGCGGGGCUUCGGUAGAGGACGCGGUGGAUUCUCAGAGAACGGCAGAAACGAGACGCGGAACGAAGAGGAGAACGACCCCGCGUUGGAAGGCUUUGGAGCCCCCGGAUGCGUGGUGUCCUUGGAGAAUGUGCCUUUCAGGGCUACCGUAGACGAUAUACUAACGUUCUUCUCAGAAUUCGAACUGACUCAAGACGAUAUCAUCCGGCGGUACAACGAACGCGGGCAGCCCACUGGAGACGCUCGAGUCGCGUUCCGAACCCCGUUCGACGCUCAACGAGCGGUCAAAACCCGUCACAUGGACUCCAUUUACGAUAGGAGAAUCUCCUUAAGCAUUCUAUAG